AUGUCCUCCGAACGUCGACUUUCAGAUCUGCGUAAUUUAGUCAGUGGUCUUUAUACUCUAGGAGCAACAAUUGGUACUGGUCAUUUUGCUGUUGUUAAACUUGCUCGACAUGUUUUUACACAAAAAGAAGUUGCAGUUAAAGUUAUUGACAAAACAAAACUUGAUGAUAUAUCAAAAGCUCAUUUAUUUCAAGAAGUUAUGUGUAUGAAAUUAGUACAACAUCCAAAUGUUGUUCGUUUAUAUGAAGUUAUUGAUACACCGAAUAAACUUUAUCUUAUUUUGGAAUUUGGUGAUGGUGGUGAUAUGUAUGAUUAUAUUAUGAAACAUGCUAAUGGUCUUAAUGAAUCAACAGCUCGAAGAUAUUUCCGACAAAUAUGUCGAGCACUUAAAUAUUGUCAUGAAAUGCGUGUGUGUCAUCGAGAUCUUAAGCCUGAAAAUUUAGUAUUUUUUGAAAAACAAGGUGUUGUUAAAUUAACUGAUUUUGGUUUUUCUAAUCAAUUUUCACCUGGUAAAAAACUACUAACCAGCUGUGGAUCUCUUGCAUAUUCAGCACCGGAAAUAUUACUGGGUGAUCCAUAUGAUGCAACUGCUAUUGAUAUUUGGAGCUUAGGUGUUAUAUUAUUCAUGCUUGUGACUGGUCGAGCACCAUUUCAAGAAGCAAAUGAUUCAGAAACAGUAAUGAUGAUACUUGAUUGUUGUUAUAAACUUCCACCAAAUAUCUCCUCUGAAUGUCAAAAUUUAGUUCAUCGAAUGAUUGUUCGUGAACCAGAAAAACGUGCAACAUUAGAUGAAGUGAUGUCUGAUAUAUGGUAUAAACAAUGUGAUGAUGAUAAUGAUGAUGUUGAAGAUCAGCAUUAUGUUGAUGCAUUACCAUUAAUAUCACAUAAAACAAUAUCACAAAAUGAUCAUGAAUUUAUUCUACAACAAAUGAUUGAUGGAAAUAUAUCUGAAAAAGAUGCAAUUCUACAAGCUUUAAAUGAUGAUCAAUAUAAUCAUAUAACAGCAACAUAUUAUCUACUUGCAGAAAAACUUUUAAAUGAUCGUUUAUAUGAUAGAACAGAUGAUAAUGAACGAAAUGCAAAACGACAACGACGUUUACAACCAGCUAGUGAUCCAUUUACAGAACAAAUUGGAGUUUUUAUGUCAUCCUCAUCGUCAAAUCCAGGAAAAGAAAAUCUACCACCAAUAGUAACAACUCCAAGACAUUCAAUUGAUUCUACAAGUGAACAAAUUUUACCCGCAUUAGUUGAAGAUGAAGAAGAACGACCGUCAUUACAACAACGUUCAACAAAUGCAACUACACCAACAACACCAGCUCAAGCUAUGAAAAUUAUUCUUGAAGAAGAUGAAAAUUCAGAUUCACCGCCCGCAGAUAAAACUGCAGCAGCACUUCAACAAGCUGGAAAUCAUCCAAAACUAAAUAAAAUAGUUGAAAGCGAUGAAGAAGAUGAAGUUGUUGAUGAAGAUGAUAAUCUUUCUACACCAAAUACAACAGUAUUUAUUGGAAAUGGUGCUUCAUCUACUAUCGAUAGUUCAACAGCAAGUGGCAUAUUACGAUCAAAAGAUUUACGUUCAGUUGUUGAAACAAAACGUCGAAAUUUUUCUCGUAGUCGAUCUAGUUCUGAUAGUGAAGAUAAUGGCAGUAGUUUUGAAAUGAAUCGUUCAUCAAGUCGAAAACAACAGACACGUUCUCCAACACGUCCAUGUUCAUUUCAAGAAUUCAGUGAAACAAUAAACGGUGAUCUCAUUAAUUCACAUCAGCAACAACAACAACAAACAGUUUCGAAUAAUAAUAAUGAAAAUCCCAAACGUCGAAGUUUUUCUCGUGCUAGUUCAAUAGCAUCGAAUAAUCGUUUAACAUUAAAUAGUACAACCGAUGAAAUUAAUAAUGAUAUGUCAGCAUCAACUAAUGUAACUUUAACAAGUGAUCGUACACGUAGUUUAUCUACAGAACAUCGUCUUGCAAAUCCUUCACAAAUGUCUAUAGCAUCUCGAACAAGUAUACGUUAUUCAACACCACGUGAAUCAACAGUAUUUACAAAAACAGACGCACCACCUGUUGUCCGUUUAUUACAACAAACUCAACAUCAUGAUACAACAGAUGCAAUUAAAACAAUAAUUGAACAUCAACGUUCCAUACAAACACCAUCCCAUACUGAACAUAUUCAAACACCAAUUAUUGUUGAAGAAGAUCUUUCACCCACACUAUUAUCCUCACCAAAUGCAAAUACAAAACCAUAUAUUAGCAAAAAGUCUAGUAAUGGUAUAAGUAAAUCAAAUGUUGUUGUGCCAACAGCAGAUAAUACGAAUCUACCAAAUGGUCAUAUUAAUCCAGUAUCAUCUCCAACACCAUCACAACAUUCAGUAUUAUCAACACUAAAAUAUUCUCUUCUUAGACAUCAACAACAACAAAAAUCUACUGUAGAAGGUUCAACAAAUGUUGAAAGUAGUACACAAAAACAUCAUCCAUCAACAUCGGAAAAAAAUCGAGUGUGUUGUACAAUUAUUUAA